ACGAAUACAAAAGGCAGCUGCUAAACUGUUUACAUAUCAUUACUCUCUACAACCGAAUCAAGAAGGACCCAUCCAAACUCUUUGUGCCAAGAACGGUUAUGAUUGGAGGAAAGGCAGCCCCUGGUUACCACAUGGCUAAAAUGAUAAUCAAGCUGAUCACCUCUGUUGGAAACAUCAUAAAUAAUGAUCCUGUUGUUGGUGACCGAUUGAAAGUCAUCUACUUGGAGAAUUACCGGGUAUCACUAGCUGAAAAAGUUAUUCCAGCAGCUGAUUUGUCUCAGCAAAUAUCCACCGCGGGCACAGAGGCUUCUGGCACUGGCAACAUGAAGUUUAUGCUGAAUGGAGCACUCACCAUAGGGACCAUGGAUGGGGCUAAUGUGGAAAUGGCUGAGGAACCCGGAGAGGAAAACCUGUUCAUAUUUGGCAUGAGAGUUGAAGACGUCGAAGCACUGGACAAGAAAGGGUACAAUGCAAAGGAGUACUACGAUCGAAUCCCUGAGCUACGGCAGGCGAUGGAUCAGAUAAGGGAUGGCCGAUUCUCUCCAAGGGAACCUGAUCUUUUCAAAGAUGUUGUCAAUAUGCUGAUGAACCAUGACAGGUAA